AAUAAAACUAGACUGAGUCGCGAACCAAGAGAAAAUUACUGUUUUGUUCAAUUGUGCGAGUUUAUAGAAAUAUUUCAAGUUAAAGUUGGAAUGACUAUUGGUGCAGACAUGUCUUUCGAUCCAUCGCAUACCAGAUUAAGGAAAAAAGCGACUAAACAACUCAAGCAAACAACGGCUGAGCAGCUAGAACAAGAGACCAAACGAAUGGAGGAAAGAAUACGAGCUCUGAAACAUCAAAUGGUCAAAGAAAAAGAGGAAAGAGAGAAAUUUGGAGGGUCAAGAUGGAUGUCUGGUAAAACUGGACCUGUUUUAUCUCAUCAAGCUUCAAAGAAAAAACCAAUUAAAACAGAAAAGGGACCAAGAAAGAUCAAACUUCUUUCAGACGAGCCUCUUUCUUCAUACGCAAAGAAGUCUGCUCUUAGAGAAAGCUUGAAUGACAGCUUUGGCARUGACAUGAUUUGUGGCCAAUGUGAGAAAACAAAGGCAACUUUGGCUUGUAUAGAGUGCACAGAAAACUACUGUGUUGGUUGUUUCAUGGGAUUCCACAGGAAAGGUGCAUUAAGAAACCAUACAACUCAGAAUCUAGACCAGGUUGGRACUGGUGUGUUUGAAGAAAAGGGUAUGACUACCAAUAGAUCAGAUUCAAGACCAAAAUUACCUGCUACAAGGAGAUUCCAGAAUGGAACCUCUCCUGAAAAUAAAACUGGUGGGGCACUUCUACAAGGAGUGUAUGAUGAGAAGGAGAGCUCUGAUUCUUUUGCACAAGCUCUCAAGGAAUGGAGAACCAAUAAAGGAAAAGAGAACACUUGGGUUAAUCCGGCAGACAAAGUGUCAACCGUUUCUUGUGAGACAAGCACAAAUCCAGAGAAACUGCAACCAGUUGAAAUCAAUUUGAACUUUGGCUCCAACAAAUCAAUGUCAUACCUUGAUCGUCUAGUACUCAAAAAACACCGAGACUUUGAACCUGAGGUUCCUGGAAAGAGGACACCAAGCAGAGAUAAGAUCAGAAGCCUCGAUGAAAAGCCACAAAURGAAGCAAGCAAUGAUGAUUUUGGGGUCAACUACAGGGAGAUUUUCCAGACAAUAGGAGUACAUUCUGCUCGCGCAAAGAGCUCCCCUUGUCAAAACUACUAUAAUGGAAGAUCGUCAGUAACUAUUGAAGAGGUAGCAGGUCCGAAUAAUAUCACAGAAGAAACGACCACGUGCAUCGUCGAGGAGAUUAGUAGCAGUACAAARGAUGCCGCGCCCUUAGUACCUAAGAGAAUGGUGCAAUCACGUGGUGGGCGUGUGAGCAUAUUAGGAAUGACUCCAUUUGGAGACUUUAGCGAAGAUCCUUUUCGAACUUCAAGAGCUGGUCUUGUUGCUGGUUCACAGUCAAGGAAAAGUCCGUUAGAUAGAGUAAAAUUGGUUUCACCGACCGUAUCGUCCCGUGUGUGGAGCCCGAAACCUACUUACACUGGUUUGUCGGACUUCUUCUUGGCGGGUGUUAAAUCCUCAUCCUCUAAUAACAUUGAAAAAGGAGCAGCUAAAAAUUUAACGUCUACCUCUGUUACUUCUAAGCUGCUAUCCAAAGGUGUCUGGAAACCAAACGACAGUGUGUCUAUUGUUGAAGUAACUGAUCAUGACGAACAACAUAAAGACGACAGGUCACCAUUCCCAAUAAUUCCUCUUGUACAAGAACCCCCUGUUGGCSUCGAYCAGCAAAGUAUUUCGACUAACGARUCCAUAGACAAGCGAAAUUCAAGUGACUCGGAAGUCAACAACAUGCAGGAUUUUGGAAUAAAUGACUUUUUAAAGGCGGGUCCAAUCCCGCGAAAGUUAUCUGAAGAUUACAACGAUGUUCAUCGCGUUUCUACUGUGUCACCGCUAACCCUGUCACCCAGACCUCCGCAGCUUCACUGGUCGGAUGACGARAGUGAUGAUGACGUCAUCYUUGACGUCGCGWCACGUGUGCCCGAAAUGCCCAAAGAUUUCCACAGCAAAGAAGAACAAGACGAGGAAGAUCAGGCUACUUUGGAGGACUUGACGUGGGAAUUAGCCUCGACAACAGGCAGGUUGACGCACUGCGAAGGAGACCUGGACGAUAGUCUUGAUAAUGCAGCGGAAGAUGAGAACAGCAAUCAUAGUGGCGAUGAGGAUAGUAUUGAAGAAGACAACGGUGGAAUCAGUCUUGACGAAGAUAGUAAUGAAGAACUUGAUGAAGAUAAAAUCACCGACAAUAAAAUGAAAGAAGAGGUGCAUGCACUUGAGUAGACUCACACGAAAAUGUUUAAUAUAUUUAUGAGAGAAUAUAAAAUUAAUAGUUAUUACUGUAAGGGCCAGUAAGGUUGCACUGCACAWUCAAUUGAUAAGAAACACACUGUGUCAACCGCUAAUAAAGAUGUGAAAAUAWCUUCCAUGAACCUUACGCAACACAACUUUUUUCAACGUACCUGAGAGGGCUGGAAGUCGGAAGAUGAUCUGCUAUAUGAUCUGUUAUGACUGCUCUGUUGCCAAUGAUUGUAGCAAAAGUAUAGUUAGAAUUAUUAAAAACRAGUCGCUCGCUGCGUAAGCAAGCAAAUUCAAGAAA